GUGAAAGCGGCAGUCACCCGUUUCGGACGAUUUGUUUACCUCCCCUCCCCUCGGCUUGGUGUGCCGCCAACGAGCCUAUUCACUUUCGUUUACUUGCCAGGACAGCAACGACUUCGUUCUUUUAGACAGCACCAGCACUUCACAGCAUGUUUUCAGUCAACAGGUCAGCGCUCACCGGGGCAGUCAGCCGUUCCGCCACUCACAUCGUCAAGCGCUGGAAGUCUCAGAAGUCCGUUGAAGUCACCUUGAGGGCAAACGUCCAGGGACUCGGAAAGCCAGGGGAUGUUGUCACCGUUGCUCCCGGAAGAAUGAGAAACAAGCUGUAUCCUAUGAGACUCGCCAACUAUAUCGACAGGAGCUCACAACACGUUAUGCAAGCAUUCAGUGCUGGUCAAGACUCUAUGAAGCACGCACACGAGGCUAACAAGGUUUUUCAACAGGCAGUGAAGAAGGAGCAGCGUAUUAUUCAGUUACAGGAACUCCGUCACCGUCUACAGGUGCUUCCUCCUCUGGUCUUCCCGCGCGCUGUGAACGAGGUCUUACCUGGAUCAAAAACUAUUUUCGGAUCUGUACAGGUUGAGGAUGUGAUCAAGGAGCUCAAGGAGAAGCACGGUAUUGUUGUCGAUAAGGUCACAGUCAAUGGAACGAAGAUCAAGUCUAUUGGCGACUCUUGGGCACGAGUUGAUCUGGGCGACCUGGGGUCGGUCGAGCUGAAGGUUGUUGUCGAGAGGCGUUAAUUGGAACUUCAAGACUUUUGGAUGGACCCCAUUUUUUGUCGGAAACGAAUCUUGGAUUGCUAGGCAUGGGUUCCCAUGACAAUGAAAUUGACAUGCACGCACAUCUAGGGUGGUUUUAAUUGCAAUAAACUCAGCUAGAUAUUCAAACAGAUCCCGAU